AUGAUUGCUGCCAUGGACUUGAAUGCCUCACCAUUACCUGAAGAAGAUGAAGAUACUUUUGAAAGUCACAUUGAACAUUAUGCACCAGAAGAACGCAUAGAGAGUGGAGCUGAUAUAGCACGCCGGGAGCGCGAAGAAAGACGUAAGCGAUUGAAACGCGACCGCCCAGAUGACAGACCAAUGCAUGUAUCUCAACCCCCUGCAUAUGAUUCGUAUCAAACGAAAAACCCCAAAGUUUAUGACAAGUCUAGGCUCCCCUCUGGUUGGUUGGAUUGUCCUGCAUCUGGUCAAGAAAUAUUCUGCAUGAUACCUUCUAAGGUGCCACUGGGUGAAUCUUAUAAUGACUGUGUUCCUCCGGGUAAAAGAUACUCAUUUAAACAAGUGAUUCAUCAACAAAGAGUUUUGGGAAGAAAACUUGGUUUGGUGAUUGAUUUGACGAAUACGUCUCGCUAUUAUCUAACAUCAGAUUUGAAGAAAGAGGGUAUUAAGCAUGUUAAGAUUGCGUGCAAGGGUCGGGAUUCAGUACCGGACAACUUAUCUGUAAAUCAGUUUGUAUAUGAGGUUAUACAAUUCCUCUCUCGUCAAAAGCAGUCCAAGAAGUUUAUUCUUGUCCAUUGUACACAUGGGCACAAUCGCACAGGGUAUAUGAUUAUCCACUACCUAAUGCGCUCGUUCUCAAUUUCAGUCACUCAGGCAAUAAAAAUGUUUGCUGACGUACGCCCUCCAGGAAUCUACAAACCCGACUAUAUUGAUGCCUUAUACUCAUUCUACCAUGAACGAAAGCCUGAAAUGGUUGUCUGCCCCCCAACUCCUGAAUGGAAGAGAUCUUCAGAAUUUGAUCUUAAUGGUGAAGCAGUUGCAGACGAUGAUGAUGAUGAUGGAGGUCCUGCUGCCCCUUUGAAUGAGAGUCAGGAUACAAAUGGAGUGAUGACAAAUGAUGAUAUCUUGGGCGAUGAGAUACCUUGGGACCAGCAAGAGUCAAUGCGGCAGUUCUGCUAUCAAACUCUUAAGCUGGUUGUUGGGGGAAGAGGAAACUCACAAUUCCCGGGGUCGCACCCAGUUUCUCUUAACAGGGACAACUUACAGCUGUUGAGGCAGCGCUAUUAUUAUGCUACAUGGAAGGCUGAUGGAACACGAUAUAUGAUGUUAAUAACUAUGGAUGGAUGUUACUUGGUUGAUAGAAAUUUUAAUUUUAGAAGGGUUCAAAUGAGGUUUCCCUGUAAACACACAAAUGAGGGUUUAGCGGAGAAGACCCACCACUACACAUUACUGGAUGGUGAGAUGAUAAUUGAUACCGUGCCUGAUCCACAGAGGCAGGAGAGAAGAUACCUCAUUUAUGAUAUGAUGGCAAUCAACCAUGUUCCUAUCAUAGAGCGGCCUUUUUAUGAACGGUGGAAGAUGCUUGAGAAAGAAGUCAUUGAACCUCGGAAUCAUGAGCGCCACAAUAUUUACCAAAGUAGGAAUCCCUACUAUAGAUAUGACUUAGAACCAUUCAGGGUGAGGAGGAAGGAUUUUUGGUUGCUCUCCACAGUAACCAAACUUCUGAAGGAAUUUAUUCCAAGGCUUUCACAUGAUGCAGAUGGUCUUAUCUUUCAGGGUUGGGAUGAUCCAUAUGUUCCCCGUACACAUGAAGGACUUCUAAAGUGGAAAUAUCCUGAAAUGAACUCGGUUGAUUUUCUAUUUGAGGUAGGCGAUGAUGAUCGGCAACAUCUUUUUCUAUAUGAACGCGGAAAGAAGAAACAAAUGGAAGGAAAUAAAGUUGCAUUUAAAGAUGGUUCAGACCCCUCUUCUUAUUCAGGAAAAAUAAUUGAGUGUUCUUGGUCUUCUGAAGCAAAUGAAUGGGUCUGUAUGCGCAUCAGGACCGACAAAUCAACUCCGAACGAUUUCAAUACCUACAAGAAGGUUAUGCGAAGCAUAAGGGAUAAUAUCACGCAGGACAUCUUGUUGAAUGAGAUCUAUGAGAUCAUUCGUCUGCCUAUGUAUGCUGAUAGGAUAAGGAAUGAUAGCAAAGCAGCCCAGCAGCAUGCAAAUGCAGCACGACGGAGGUGA